AUGGAUCAGACCUCUGAUGAAGAUGUGGACCAUGCUGCGGAGGAGGACAGUGAUAAGGAGGACCAGGACUUGGAUAAGAUGUUUGGCGCCUGGCUUGGUGAGCUUGACAAACUCACUCAGAGUUUGGAUACCGGGAAACCUGAAGAGGUGAAGAAAUCCCCACUUCGGCAAGAAACCAAUCUUGCAAACUUCUCCUAUCGCUUCUCGAUGUACAAUUUGAAUGAGGCUCUGAGCCAGGGAGAUGGAGUGGAUUUGGAUGCUCUCAUGGCAGAUCUCUGCUCUAUGGAACAGGAACUCAGUAACAUCAGCAAAGAACCUUCCAGACAUGACAGUGUUGUGAGAAAAUCUCUCAAAGAAGAAGUACCUCCUAAGAUAUCCAACAAAGAAGCCAAACCUGCUCAGAAACAAUCUGUCACUCGAGCAUCCUCUAAGCACGGCAGCUUGAAGGGUUCUUCUUCAGUGAGAAGCCCAAAGUCGUUGCAAACCAAUCUUUCACUGGAUGAUAUUACUGCCCAACUGGAACAAGCUUCUCUUAGUAUGGACGAGGCAGCACGGCAGACCAGUGCCAUGACAUAUGAUACAAAACCCUCUCUGCCCAAUCAGCACAGGAGAACAGGAUCAGCUGGAACGGUCAGCGAUACAGACAUCCGCUCAAACAGUACCUCAUCUCGAUCCAGUGUUACUUCUGCCACAUCUAGCCAGGAUUCUUUGGACAUUGACAAGGUUGCCCGCCCUCAGGAUCUUGAUUUGAACCAACAAGGUCAACCCACAACAGAGCAUGCUUCCUCAAGUCGUCACAGUAAACAGGUCAGACGCCAUCUUGACUUUGUGGAGGAAGACUUGGAGCUGAGGACUCUGGUGGAGGUUGCAGGUUUGGAAGAUGCUGCUGAAGGAGCCUUGGUGGGUUGCUGUCAUGCAUCUUGA